GACAGCGCGCACGCAAUAUGGCGCGUGUCUCCGCGCUUUUUUUGUUAUGUGCAAGCGUCGUGCGAGCCGAAAUACUUACGCCACCAUAUUUUAACUUAGCGCUUGGAAAGAAGAUCACAGCCACGGCAACUUGUGGAGAUGAAGGCCCUGAACUCUACUGUAAGCUCGCCGGUGCAAACGUAGACCACGAUGAACAUGUUAUCCAAGGACAGAUAUGCGAUAUAUGUGACGUUACAAAAGAGGCCAAACGGCACCCCCCUGAGUUUGCAGUGGACGGAAUGGAGACAUGGUGGCAGAGUCCUCCAUUAUCAAGGGGAAUGAAGUAUAAUGAAGUUAAUUUAACCAUCGAUCUUGGACAGGAAUUCCAUGUGGCAUACGUGUUUGUGCGUAUGGGAAAUUCUCCGCGACCUGGACUUUGGGCGCUAGAAAAAUCUACAGAUUACGGAAAAACUUUCAAACCUUGGCAAUAUUUCUCUGACUCACCACAGGAUUGUAUUCAAUUUUUCGGAAAGGAAAGUUUACAGCCUAUAAGAAGAGAUGACUCUGUCAUAUGUAGUAUGGAAUAUUCAAAAAUAGUACCACUUGAAGGUGGAGAGAUUCCGAUCUCAUUACUGAACUAUCGCCCAUCGGCUAACAAAUACUUUAACUCAUCCGUGCUACAAGAAUGGACAAGAGCUACUAAUGUCAGACUCCGUUUGAUGAGGACGAAGAACUUAUACGGACACCUUAUGUCAGUAGCGAGGCAGGAUCCCACAGUAACAAGAAGGUACUUCUACAGUAUUAAAGACAUCAGUAUUGGAGGUCGUUGUAUGUGUAAUGGUCAUGCGGAUAACUGCGACCCAGCUGUACCAGAAAGUGACGCCAGCAUUUUAGUGUGUCGAUGCCAACAUAACACAUGUGGUCCCCAAUGCGCGCAGUGCUGCCCCGGUUUUGAACAGAAGAAGUGGCGAAUCUCGCAGAAUUGGGAUCGAUUUGCUUGUGAACCUUGCAAUUGUCACAACCAUACAACUGAAUGUACUUACGAUCCUGAGAUAGAUGAAAAAAGGUUAUCGCUGGAUAUCCAUGGCCGUUACGAAGGAGGUGGCGUUUGUAAAAAUUGUCAACACAAUACCGAAGGGAUUAAUUGUAACAAAUGCAAAGCGACUUUCUACCGGCCCUCAGGGAAGAUGUGGGAUGAAAUCGAUGUUUGCAAACCUUGCAACUGUGAUUUGAGCUAUUCUACCGGAAACUGUGAAGAGGAAACUGGUCGCUGUGAAUGCAGAGUAGAGUUCAAUCCUCCCAAUUGCGACUCCUGCGCAUACGGAUAUUUUGACUAUCCUAACUGCAAGCCUUGUGUAUGUAACUUAAAUGGCACAGAUGGUCAACACUGUACACCCACUGAUGGCGUGUGUCCAUGUAAAUAUAACUACGCUGGCAAUUCGUGUGAAAUAUGUGCCGAUGGAUACUAUUCUCCGGAAUGCAAAAAUUGUGAAUGCAACUCGGUUGGAUCAGUAUCUCAAGUUUGUGACAAAGAAAGCGGAAACUGUACCUGUAAAAGUAAAUACAGUGGACGUACAUGCAAUCAGUGUGAUGCAGGAUACUAUAACUACCCUACAUGUAAACACUGUAAUUGUGAUACGAGCGGAACUGAACCCAGCAUUUGUGAUGACGUAACUGGACAAUGUAUAUGUAAGGUUGGUUUUGGUGGGUCCCGGUGCGACCAAUGCAUUUCAGGAUAUUACAUGGAAUUGAAAGGUCGUGAUCGCACAUGCGUUCCUUGUAACUGUUCGCCGACUGGUUCUACAUCGACAUCCUGCUCAGCGGAUGGAAAAUGUAAUUGUCUCUCUAAUUUCGGAGGAAAACAAUGCGAUCAAUGUUCACCUGGAUACUACAAAUUUCCUGAAUGUUUACCCUGUAAUUGUGAUGAAUCUGGAAUGAUUGGCUCAACGUGUGAUGACAACGGCCAGUGUAAUUGCAAACCGAACUUUGAUGGCUCAAAAUGUGAUAAGUGCAAGGAACACUUUUACAACUAUCCAGCCUGUGAAGAAUGUAACUGUGAUCCUCGAGGAGUUAUUGCAUCUUUUGCUGGUUGCGGUUCAGUACCAGCUGGCGAACUUUGUCAGUGUAAAGAUCGAGUCCAAGGUCGUAUUUGUAAUGACUGUAAAGCUUUGUUCUGGAAUCUUCAAGAGUACAAUCCCAAGGGAUGUGAAGAAUGUAAAUGCAAUUUGGCUGGCACGUUGGGCGGGCUGGGCGCUUGUGACACUCGAAGUGGCCAAUGUACGUGCAAGAUGCACGUUGGACAACGACAGUGCGACGAAUGUGAAGAUGGAUUUUAUAGUUUGCAGGCAAAUGACGCCUUUGGAUGUACAGCCUGCGACUGUGAUAUUGGUGGCUCUAUCGACAACAACUGUGACAAAAACACUGGUCAAUGUAGAUGUCACUCCCGAGUGGAAGGCAGACGAUGCGACCGACCCAUCCGGGCACAUUACUUCCCAACUCUGCACCAGUUCCAGUAUGAAGUUGAAGAAGGUUUGACCCAGUCUGGACCCGUUCGAUACAGAAACUCAGAGGAAGUGUUUCCAGGGUACUCCUGGAAAGGAUACGUUGUGUUUUCACCACUACAGAAUGAAGUGAUCAACGUCGUACACAUCGGAAAAUCAUCGCUGUAUCGAAUUAUACUUAAGUAUGCGAACCCACUCAAAGACGCGGUUACUGCGAGCAUCGUCAUUACACCAGAGAGUGUAGUUGAUACUCAACAAAGGUUCAAUGUAUAUUUGCGACCAACAGUACUACCCCAAAUGAUAACGGUUCAAUUAGAAAAAGGAAACGCACCGGCGCCAUUUGUGAUGAAUGCUGGAAUUUGGACUGUCACCAUAAAAACUACUAAGGAAAUUAUGCUAGAUUACUUCGUUUUGAUACCUGAAGCAUAUUAUGAAGCCACAGUACUGACGAAACUUGUUGACAAGCCCUGUGUGGUUGGAGAUAAGAACCUGUGCCGCCACUUUGCCUACCCAAACUUAAACGGAAGACCAGUCGCCAACGUAACAACUUUAAUCACACCUAUCAGUGAAUAUUUAAAUGAUAUAGAGCAAUUGAAAGAAUAUGACGCAUCUACGAAUGAGAUACCUCUCCUGAACGGCGCCCAGAGUGAACUUCAGUAUAAUAUGAAAAUCGAUCCGAGUGGGAACAAUGUACUCCUCAUAGAAUACGUAACACCGACUAACAACAAUUCUAUUUCGAUAUUACAGAACAUUAACAAUGAUUCAUAUAAUUUUAUACCCAAAGGCAUAGUCUCUAUUAAGUUUAUAUCAGGCGAUAAAGCGGAGUCAAUCGCUAUGGCUAACUUGAAUGAUUGUCCGUUUACAUCACCCUGUCGGCAAGUUUUAUUAGACAGUGAGUCUAAAAUUAAUGUAUUCAGUGUUGAAGAUCCAAACAACGUCAUUUUCUUAUAUGGUGAAAUCGGAACAUUAGCGGGUAUAAAGUCAAUUGUAGCAAUACCCGAGAGUGAAUGGCAUUUAGAUUAUAUAAAGCCACGGCCAUAUUGUUUACGACGGGAUAAAAAAUGUGUCCCGGCUGUUUUUUCUGCAGCUGUCGACUCUAAGAAGUUCGAAAUUGAAUCGGGAUUAGGUGGUGAUAGGGAAACGCGCCCUCCAAUCCUGGAUAACUCUACGGUAGUGGUGUAUUUGAGUGCAAAUUCUGAAGCCAUCACUUUGGAAAACAAGGUUCCCGCCCCGGGCGAUUAUAUAUUUGUUGUACAUUAUUACCAACCCAAUAAUCCGGAAAGCAAUAUAGAUGUUGUGUUAGUGGCAGACGGCCAAAAUUACGACGCACAAUUACAAAUAGAGCAUUGUCCUUCAAACUCAGGAUGUAGAUCACUUAUCAAACUUAAGGACGGAAAUACACAGUUUACUAUGAACGAAAACUUCACAAUUACUUUUAAGGGCAAUAACAGUAGGGGAGUAUGGUUUGACUACGUACUUGUCGUAGCAAAACAGGACUUUGUUGAUAGUGUAUUGAAAGAAGCAAAUAUGGUGGAUUCGACACGUGAUUUUAUCGAGAAUUGCGCUGUCAAUCAUUAUUACAUUAACUCGAAUGAAACAGGUUUCUGUCGCGAUGCAAUGUUUUCAAUCACAUCUGAGUACAACAGUGGUGCACUGGCAUGCUUGUGCGACUUCAUGGGAUCCACUGAACUGGAAUGCAACACGUUUGGAGGCCAAUGUCCUUGCAAGCCCAAUGUUAUCGGUAGAACUUGCAGUAGUUGUCGUACAGGAUUCUAUGGUUUCCCAAAUUGUAGGCCCUGCCACUGUCCAUCUACAGCAAUAUGCGAUGACAAUGGUGAAUGUAUUUGUCCCAAGAACGUUGAGGGUGAGAACUGCGAUCGUUGCAAGCCGUACACAUUCAACUUUGACGUACAUCGUGGUUGUGAUGAUUGCAAUUGCAACGCUCGAGGUGUUGUCGACAACCAGUUGCAAUGCGAAGCUGAUAAUGGAAAUUGCGCUUGCAAGGAAAAUGUAAUUGGUCGUAUUUGCGACCACUGCGUUCCCGGCCACUACGCGUUUCCUGAAUGUUUCCCGUGUACUUGUGAUCCUUAUGGGACGACCGAUGACGUCUGCGAUCAGGACACGGCGCAGUGUUAUUGUAAGAAAAAUGUCAGGGGUCAGGCUUGCAACACAUGCAAGGAAGAGUACUUCAAUCUACAACUGGACAAUCCUGACGGAUGUACUAAAUGUUACUGUUUUGGAAAAACAACCAGAUGCAGUAGCUCUUAUCUUUACUGGGCUGAGAUCAACGGCAUGAGCGAAUGGUACUUGGUUAAUAUUGAAUACAAUCGUACUUUGAACAUAUUCCCAAUCACAAUAGCGCCUACUGUUUUGAACGAUUCAGUAAUUGGUGCUGACUUGGCAAGUAGUGAUGGUGGACAGAAAGUUGUUUAUUUUGGAGCUCCAGACUAUUAUCUAGGUAAACGCCUGACUUCGUACGGUGGAUACCUCACAUAUUCCAUAUUCUAUACAACACGAGAAGAUGGACAUGCCAUAGCAGCCGCGGAUGUCAUCAUUGAAAGCUCAAACGGCUACAUAGUACACACAAGUGUGGAACAGCCACCUUCAUUGGAAAACUGGAUCCACAGUGUCAGAAUUUCAGAAGAUGAGUUUACAUACUUAGACGGGUCGACUAUCACUCGGGAUCAGUUUAUGAACGUUCUGGUUAAUAUAACAAACAUCUACAUCAGAGCUACAUAUUGGCAGGAGGCUGUUACUACAAGGUUGAUGGAUGUGACCUUAGAUAUAGGUGUAGAAGAAUACGGCGGUAGUAACAGAAGAGCGAUGUCAGUAGAAGAGUGCCAAUGUCCUAAAGCCUACCGCGGCUUUUCGUGCGAACAAUGCGCCGAGGGUUACUACCGACUCAGCUCAGGACCUCACGCAGGCUUUUGUGUUCCAUGCCAAUGUAACGGACACUCCAGGGAAUGUGAUGUUAAUACAGGAGUUUGCUUGGAAUGUACGGCAAAUACAAUGGGUGAUCAUUGUGAACAAUGUAUACUCGGCUAUCAUGGUGACGCGACCGUGGGUACACCGCACGAUUGUAUGAUAUGCGCCUGCCCUAUGCCGUAUGUUUCUAACAAUUUUGCCAUCGGGUGUGACUUGAGUGAAAAUGGUUCGCUUAUUUCUUGUAUAUGUAAUCCUGGGUAUGGAGGAGCAAGAUGUGAAUUCUGUGCCGCAGGCUACUAUGGCGUGCCGGAAAACAUUGGUGACUAUUGCAAGCCUUGCAAUUGUUCUGGCAACAUUAACUUCGACGACCCCAGCUCUUGUGACAGCAUAACAGGCGAUUGCCUGAAAUGUGUCAACAACACGGCUGGAGCUGCGUGUAACCUGUGCGCACCUGGAUUCUUCGGUGACGCUAUAUUUUCGAAGAAUUGCACAGCAUGCAAUUGCGAUGAAUUUGGUAUGGAACGAUGCGAUCCAACGACUGGUACCUGCGUAUGUAGGCCCGGUGUUAUUGGAGAUUAUUGCGAUCAAUGCGAACCAAAUUAUUACGGACUUAGCAGUGGACAGGGCUGUACACCUUGUGACUGUGCGUUGGCUUCGGAAUCCGCACAGUGCGACGACAAUACUGGAAAAUGCAGAUGCGCUAAAGGUGUAACUGGAAUACACUGCGAUCAAUGCGCGGCAGGUUAUUGGAAUUACACAGAAGAAGGAUGUGACCUUUGCAACUGUAACACUGGUUACUCUCUUGGGUUUACUUGUAAUGCGACUGGUCAGUGCGAAUGUUUACCUGGAGUAAUAGGGGAGAAAUGUGACCGUUGUCCAGAAAGAUGGGUUCUUAUUCCACAAGAAGGCUGUUUGGAGUGCGACUCUUGCACAGAUGCUCUAUUAUACUCAGUGGAUAAAAUGCGAGACUUGUUAGCAAAUGAAACUAGCGAGUUCAAGGAUAAAGCAGAUUCAUUCUUCACAACGCAACGGCUGAAUUACAUAGCCGAUCAAACGGAACAAUUACGUCCUAAAGUGGCUGAAUUAAAGAGCGUUGAUCUGGAAGAGGUUACGUCUGCUGUCAAAAUUUUAGAAACCAGUGCCAAAAAUCUAUUGCGAUCCGCCGAAUUUGCGGCGACUGAUAGCGACAACCAAAUAAACAGAGCAGCAGAACUAGCUGAUGAUUCCAAUGAAGUUUUGGAAUUAGUAAGGGAGAACAGUCAAAAUGCAAAAGUUAUAGUAGCGCAAGUUUCUGAACUUGCCACAGGAUUAGAGCUUAGUCAACAGCCUAAAGUAGACAGCGCUUUGACAGAGGCUACGCAAAUAAGGAAUGAUAUAGCUGCUAAAAAUUUGAAGCCGAAAGAAGAACAGUCAUUGAGUGCAUUUUCAAAUGCGACUGAACAAAUUGAGAGAAUGAAUGUUUUUGUUGAACCUGUUAAUGAACAAGUCAAGGAGUUCGAUAAAUUAGUGAACGCAACAAAUGAACUGAAGAAAAACCUUGACGAAAUGCUAGAGUACACAGACUUAGCGCAACAUACUGCAAAUGAGGCUGAAAAAUUGAAUGAAAAGAAUGGGUUAUCUAAAUUCGGAAACAAAGUGAUGUCUGUUACAAAAUUGAACAGCGCGGCUAUGAAAGAUCUCAUUGAAGCCGCAACUGAUAUUAACAAUGCUACGUUCUAUAAUGCAGUUGUGGGUGGUCUUGUCCAGAAUACUUCAAACGUAUUGAAUGACAUUACUAAUACUAACGAUCUCAUGGCAGAUAAUCUUGUUGAACUGGAUGAAAAUUUACCAGAACUAAUUAACUUGAAAGAAGAUGCUCUGAGUCAUGCAAGUAAUUUAAGGAGUAGGGCGGACAGUCUACGCGCAUUAGCUGAAAGAGAAAAUAACAAUACACGCACUCAACAUGCGUACAGCGCUGCGUCUGCUUACUCGUCUAUAGUCCAGGAGAUAGGUGACGCAAAACUCGCAGCUGACAAUGCAGAGAAUGCCGUUAAGAAUGCAACCACCAUAAACAAUGAAUUGAAUGACCGAGCGGUGCCAGCUCGAGAUCGUUCGCUCAUUUUAUCUGAGAGAGCCACUAAAAUCCUUUUGAUGGCCGAACAAAAGCUACGUCCGAACUUGACCCAAGCUGAAGAAAAGCUCAGGAAUGCCCAAGACAUACUUGCAUACGCUGAUGACGAGGAUAACGCAAUACAACUUGCUCUACCUAAAGCGCCGCAAACAUCAUUAGAAUUGGAGAGCAAUAAGGCAGAUAAAGUUGGUGAAACUGUGAAGUCGACAGCAAGCAUAAUGUCCGCCUUGGGAAGCGACCUGGCAGCAAGCAAGGAAUGGGCUCAAACAUUACCCAAGUUAGCUGAUGAUGCUCAGAAAAUGACCCUAAAUAUUGAUAAUUUACUAAAUAAUAUGGGAGAAGCAACUCCGAUUAUUGAAUCUAAGUAUCGUACUGUAAAAAUGCAACAAGACGGUCUGGAGCAGCGUCGCAAAGAAGCCGAUGAAAAAUUGAAGAAACUUCGUGAAUUAGUUGAACAGGCUCGUACAAUAGCAAACCGUAUACCAGUUGGGGUAACCUUUGACCGCUGGUCCACUCUUCAACCAAGAUUACCCGAUACGGUGGAUGAAAUGUCCACAUCAACGCAUGCAUCUACUUAUUUCCGCACCAAAGAAAAGAAUGGAUUCUUAUUCUAUCUUGGAAAUCCUAAAGACACAAUGCUUCGCAGAACUAAAUCUGAUGAUUUCAUGGUGCUUGGUGUACAAAAUGGCUAUCCAUACUUAGUUAUGGAUAUCGGCGAUAGCGCAGAAUCAGGCAGAGAGCCCGCGAAAAUAGGAAGCGAUAAGUUUGUCGCGGAUAACAGAUGGUAUCAAGUAAUUGUUGAUAGAGUGGGGCGUAACGUGAAGCUCUCUAUCCGCGAAAGCCUAGAAAAUGGUACUGAAAAAGUUCACGUUAAGGAAGCAGUACUUCCUGGACAGCAUACUAUUUUCAACCUAGACCGACAAAAGUCUAAACUGUACGUUGGUGGCGUACCUUCCGAUGCGACACUGCAGGGUGUUAGUUUCCCCGCAUUUGAAGGAAACAUAGAAGAGUUGAUGAUUGGUGAUUCUCCUGUUGGUCUAUGGAAUUUUAUAACCGCUGCCAAUCUUAAGGGCGCCAGACAACGUGAUAAAUUGGUAACAUCACAAUCGGGUCCUCAAGAAUACAGAUUCAAUGGAAAGUCUCAUGUGACAAUGCCAGGGCGCGGGUACUUAGGAACGCAGAAGAACCAAGUAUUCUUAUUCUUCAAAACAUACGCCCCUGAUGGACUUAUCUACCUUGUGGGAGAAAACAAACACUUCUUCUCUAUACAACUGCAAGAUGGACGUGUCUACUUGCAGGUAUCGCUCGGUAAUACCGAUGAUAUGGUUAUCCUUGGUACGAAUAAAGCUUACAACGAUGGAAAAUGGCACAGACUGGAUGCAGCCCGAUACUUAACUGCAUGUUCACUCAAAGUCGACAACGAGGUUAUAAAGGGAACGUCGACGUCCGAAGUAAAAGAAAUUCUCUCCUUAGAUACAAUGAACUUUGGUGGUAAUAACAAGGAUAUUAUACAAGUAACAGAUAAGGGCUUCGAUGGUUGUAUCAGGCAGAUUAGCAUUGAUGGAAUCAAUAUAGACUUGAGUGACAACGUUGAGUCUGUGGGAAUCGCAUACGGAUGUCAGUUUGCAUCACUUGUUUCACUGACCGGCGAGGAUAGCUAUUUACGUUUCACGGACAUAACGACAGAAAACUUACAAUUAACACUUAAGUUUAAGUCGUCGAUGCCAGAUGGAUUAUUGUUCCUGUACCUUAGUCGGAUGCAGACUACUACUACACCAGAUAUCAUAUCGUUGUCCCUGAACAAAGGUAGUCUAGUACUUAUGAGUCAAAGGGAAAGAUUGGACACAGGAUUGAGUACGUACAAUGACUCACAAUGGCACGUUGUAACUGUAACACACAGUACUAAGGCACUACGUCUUGUUGUUGAUGAUUUCGACUACUUCAGCACUGAUACUGCACCGGCGCCGUUGCACAUAUUGGAUGGUGUUUUAUUCAUUGGUGGAGUUCAGCCAGGGUAUGUGGUUGGUGGAAAAGUCGGUUCCAAAGCGGCUUUCAAAGGUUGCAUUGCAGACGCAACUAUCAACGGACGUGUGCUUAACCUGUUAGAGCCCUUCAGUAAUAACAGCGUCACUUUUGGAAGAUGCGGCACUACAAUAAGUACGGGAGGAGUUCCUCCAGAUCAAGCAGUGUGGCCAUCUCCUGCUCGAGGAGACGUCCUACCUACACCAACGUUCACAGUUCGACUUCCUGAACCCGAACAAACCGAGAGAGUAGUACCUGCGGUUUACCUACCGGAGGAGACAACAAAUGCGACAACCAUGCUUCCAAAGACAACAACUAGGUUACCAUUCACAAACCCACCAACAACUGCAAGGCCACCUCCACAACCAGAAACCGGCUGUUUACUGGCUUAUGAUCCACAAUAUCACAUAGGCAACCCACAAGAAGGCUAUAGGUUUGGAACACGUAACGACAGUCGCAUAGAAUAUGCGAAAUUGGCUGGCCGGCAAUUGGAAGGCUUUGAUCUCAUGAUAACAUUCCGAACAUUUGAUCAACAUGGCGGUUUGAUAUUCUACGCGCAAGCUGAUAGAUCGCCAAAUCAAUUCCUCGCACUUUAUAUGAAAGAUGCAAAGCUGCAUUUUGCAUUCAACUGCGGCGGUGAUACCGGCACAGUGACAUCAUCCCAAACGUACAAUGGCACUGAUUGGCACACGGUCACUCUAGUCCGGAAUGGGGGCCACGGCAAGCUGACCGUUGACUCUGACCAUAUCGGUGAAACCAGCGUAUUUUGCUUUUCACCCGCUUUACUUACACCGCCUUAUUACUACGGCGGACUGGGAAAUCUGACCGAUAUAAUCAGUGAAAACCUUAAUGGUUUCUACCAACCAUUCAAAGGAUGUCUCAAGGGAUUGAUGAUGAACGCACAACAUGUAACAGACAUAAUGUUCAGAUCGAAUUCGCUUCGCUGUACUGAUAAUGUUGAAAACGGCGUUUACUUCGGACCAUCCCACAAUGGACACAGCAAUUAUUUGAAGCUACUUGAAAGCUUUAAGGUUGGAUAUGAAAUUUCAAUUUCGAUGGAAAUCAAACCACGUAAUACCACGGGUCUACUGCUGAGUGUCCACGGGAAGCGAGACUUUAUGGUAAUCGAGUUGUUGGAGAAUGAAGUUGUCGUCAACGUAGAGAAUGGCAAAGGCCCCUUCUAUGCCAGUUAUAAAUUGGGCAACAAAGUUUCACUUUGCGAUGGAAAAUGGCAUAAAAUUCGCGCUAUUAAAUCCCAUCACGUAGUAUCUGUCAGCGUAGAUGGCCACUACUCAGAUGCUGGUCUGGGUCACUCAGCUUCAACGGAUACUCGUUCCGCAUUGUACAUAGGCGGACACGAACGGCCGCUUUGGAAGGUUCGCGGAGUCAGGUCACGCAGAGGAUUCACAGGAUGUAUCCGUAAUAUCACCGUGAAGGAUACACUAGUGCAGAUACCUCUCACUGCCGCGGGAAGAAACACACACAUAGGUGUGUGUCCCAACAAUUAAAUUCCAGUGUGAAUAUCGUUUCUUAACAACGCAACAAAAUAUACAUUAAACCUCAAUCUCUCCUUUUCAUUAUAUUAAGAAGUGUUUAUGUGCAAAUAAAAAUAAAUCUCAAAAAUUGUGAAUUAUAAUUGCUGUAUUAAAUAAUAAAUUGGUA